CCCGACUGUUCACGCGCCCCACCGCGCGCGCUAGCCACGGAGAAGUUAUUAUGUAAGAUGUUCCCAAUCACAUCUCAGCCAGUCCGAGGUCGCUUUAACGGAAAUCUCCGCUCCUAGCAGUAAACCUGGGCGCACACAAACCUCCUCUUCCUCAAAGUGUCGCAACUUGUGCGCAAAACUGAUCGAGAAGUCCUAGAAGGAAAAAGAUUCCGGCUGCACAAAGACUACUUGAGAUUAUGGAUCAGGGAAAAGUGAAAGAUGCAAAUAUUCGUGAAGUAAUUACAACAAGUGUCACAAAUUAGAUUGGCUUCUCCUCUGGCUCUUAGCCAAGCCUAAAAAAGCCACCAUGGAGCUGCAGCACUACACCAAUCACAACCAAGCCCAGUGGAGAGAGAUACCGUGGGACUCCACUGACGACUGCUCACCCUCUGUUAGCGGCACCACUCUCCUCAUCAUCGCGUACAGCAUGGUGAUGGCGGUGGGCCUCAUCGGGAACUCCUGUCUGGUGUUUGUCAUCACACGGCACAAAGAGAUGCAGAAUGUCACCAACAUCUUCAUCGCCAACUUGUCUUGCUCAGACAUUCUGAUGUGCAUUAUAUGCCUUCCAGUCACUAUCAUCUACACACUGAUGGACCGAUGGAUCCUGGGAGAUGCUUUGUGCAAACUCACACCAUUCAUUCAGUGCAUUUCUGUCACUGUCUCUAUCUUCUCCCUUGUCCUCAUUGCCAUGGAGCGCUACCAGCUCAUUGUCCACCCGACUGGAUGGAAACCAUUGGUGGGCCAGUCCUACCUGGCAGUGGUUGUCACCUGGAUCGUGGCCUGCCUAAUCUCUGUGCCUUUACUCAAGUACAGCGUACUUACGUUGCCUUUCCAGAACCUGAGCCUCCCCAUCCCCGUCAGUGACCACCUGAUAUGUAUGGAGCUGUGGCCAUCUGUUCAAAAACGGCGUGCUUACACCACCUCCCUGCUUGUCUUUCAGUACUUCCUUCCCCUUGCCCUCAUUCUCGUCUGUUACCUGCACGUCUACCUGCGCCUGAGGAGGAGGAAGGACAUGGUGGAACGUGGCAGAAACACAACUCAGAAGAAGAACAAGGGUGCCACGAGGAUCAACGCCAUGCUCAUCUCCAUUGUGGUGGCGUUCGCCCUCGCCUGGCUCCCUCUCAAUGUCUUCAACACGGUGUUUGACUGGAACCACGAGGCUAUCCCAUCCUGUGGCCAUGACAUAAUCUUUUCAUUCUGCCACCUCACAGCUAUGGUCUCCACAUGUGUCAACCCUAUCAUCUACGGUUUCCUCAACAGCAACUUCCAGAAGCAGCUCAAGUCCACCAUGUUGCGCUGUCGCUGCUGGGGAGCAGGGGAUAGGUACGAGAGCGUCCCGCUCUCCACGGUGAGCACAGAGGUCACAAAAGGGUCAGUUUUAAGUAAUGGAUCCAUCACUGUCAACACAUAAACCCAAGCCCCACCGAAGAGACAAAGAAACCAACACCUGGUCAUCGUUUGGAGAUUAUGUUGCUUUCUACACAAAAGGAGGACUGUGUUGAAACACGCAUUGCGGACAUUUGGCCAGAUUGGUUCAGUGUUUCUGAUUAAUUGUGAGCUCAUAUUUGAGGGGAAGUAGAUGACACAAUAAAGGAGCAAAGGUUGGACAAGUCAAACCAUUGUUACAUGACCAAAGACACUUUCAUGAGCUCAUAGGGCCAGCAUUUUCAAACCAUGUGCUCACACAAACAAAGAGAACCCGUUAACUGUUGUUUUCUCUCCAAACCUAUGACAUCUAUUCAGAAGUCAUGUUUAUAUAAAUAUCAGCUCUUAUCUGAAGCCUCAGACACUUUUACCAGCUAUAAAAGUGUCUAACCACCGGAGAAUGCAAAACAAAUGUUCGCUUUCAUUCAGCUGUGCUAUGCUAACUUUAUUGGUGAAAAUAGUGAGAGGAUAGUGAUGUGGUAGUGAUUAUGAGCCAAAAAGCUUCUCUCACAGCUGAAGGAGACAUUGGAUGUGACAUAAGCGUCUAUACCGUAUAUUGCUGACGUUGUCUUAAUGCUUUUGUUUUUUGCUGUAACCAGCUCCACCGCUGUACCGGUCCUAGAGAGACCCUUGGUAAGAGCUGUGGACAUGCUGUCAGCUCAGGUCUGAACUCCAGGAUGAAUAUACUGUGUGUGGGAUCCAAUGUGUCACUCUACCGUCAUAUAUCAGCUGCAGUAAAACUACAUAAAAGUGACACUGAGGACUUUGUUGGGGCAGAUUUCUACUGAUGUACGCGUAUCACAUGACAUGACCAAAUAAAGAGCACUUCUGGCAUAGAGAGUGCUGGCAGUCACUUUGUGCUUGUUUAAUUGCAUUAAAUCAUUUACUUUAUGUUUAACGAUGAA